AGAAACACUCAAAAAUGAAUGGAGGAAUGGAGCAUAAAACUCCAGGGCACAAUGCAGUGCUUCAUAAAGCACCUAAAAAUUACAAAUUGCUCAUGGAUCCAUUCCUUGUGAAAGGAGCAACAAAAUUGUACAGAUAUGAUGGAUGUGUACCUGGAGACCCUACAUAUCCUCCAGUUCAAUGCAGAGAUCCAAGAUCUCAGCUGUCCAGGAUUUGGAGUAGACUAGAACCUGCUGAUUUACCAGUUCCUAGGUUCAGAAUAGACAAAAAUUAUGUGGGGAUACCACCACAGCUGGAGAUUACUAUAGGAAAUUUAAAUGAUAAUAUAGAUAAAGCAUUUUUGGCAGAUAUGAUGAAUAAAGUGGGUCCCUAUGAGGAAUUGACAAUAUUUUAUCAUCCAAUUACCAACAGACAUUUGGGUUUUGCAAGGAUAGUAUUUCAAGAUAUAAAAUAUUCAAAACUUUGUAUAGACAAAUACAAUGGGAAAUCAGUUAUGGGUCAGGUGCUUGAUGUCUUCCACGAUCCAUUUGGAAAGAGGUGUCAGGAGAUGUUUGAAGAUAAGACCAUGGAAAGAAAACAACAUAUUUCACAACCAGUGGUGAAACUUCCUUUAUUAGUUGAAGAAACACGUCCAGUAAAAGUGGACCCCACUCUUAGCAAGCGAUUAGAAGAGGUCAAAGUGACUGAAAAGGAAUCACAUACGCGGUAUAAAGACGUCGAGCACAGCGACAGUAACACGCGGUGGUCGGACGAGGAGAGAGAGUAUCGUCACAGGCAUCGUAGCCGCGGUGAUAGAGAGAGAGAUCGCGACAAAGAUAGAGGAGACCGUGACCGUGAUCGUGACAGAGACCGAGAUCGAGACAGAGACAGAGACCGAGAGCGAGACAGAGACCGAGAUCGCGACCGCGAAAGAGACAGGUAUCGUGAAAGAUAUGGGCGUGGUUCGAGCGAGACAAGCGAUUCUACGUACGCGACGUCGAGUCACGCCCCAGAAGUACCGUACACGCCUUCCAGUGCCCCAUACGACUCUUACUAUCAAUCCAGUAGUUACGGGUAUCGAUAUGGGUCCAGUACUCCUGCACCGGGCGGCAGCGGGGUGUGGUGGGGGGAAUGGAGACAUGGACCGCCUCCUAAUGUACACACUCCUCAUGAGUUGCCGGUGGACAGUAAACCAGUGGAUUCAGUGGAGCCGCGUCCGCCUGAAGACAUCACUGACAGUAAAGAGCCUGAACCGAAACCGCCGCCUCCCGCCGACGAACCGAAGAACGUAGACCUUGACACCAGAAUAGCCAUGUUGCUGAAAGGUGCUAGUGGCGGCGGAGGUCUCGCCCCACCGUUCCUCGCUUUAGGCAUGUCUUCUGAAGAAGAAGACGAUGAGCGACUACCCGCACAUAUACCAGACUUGGAUGCCCCGCAACCACCAUCGGAUGAUGAAGGUUCCGGCAGUGACGAUAGAGGCAGCAUAAUAUCAAUAAACCAGAAAACUGAACUGAACCCUGAACCAUUAUCAACGACUCCAUCUCCUUACCUAUCGAGAGAUUUCUAUUUAGAAAGUUUAAAGGUCACCGUACAAUGGAAAUCAAAGAAAGAAGAACGCAAGAAGUUCCCUACGAUGGACAAGAUCGGUUCAGAUAUUUCUUCGUCAGAGGACGAGUUGUUGACUGGUGAGGAGCCAAGAAGAUCGCCCCUAGCACCACCAGACAAAAAUCAGGAUAACCUGGACGACGACCAGAUGUCGCUGUCAUCGCUUUCUUCGACUGAAGCUAAGAUCGAGGAGCAAGUGCCAGCGGAGGCCUACUACUGUCCGCCUGUUGCUCCAACUCCAUACUAUCAACACGUGUGGCCGCCUACUGCGUAUGGUGCGGGGGCGUACGGUGCACCAGAUAUAGGUCUAGCUUAUAGUGGAGGAUUUGCGCCUCCGCCGAUACUGACCCAUCACUACCAACCGUACCCUGAACCGACGGUACCCGCACAGGAACUGGAUAAUCCUCACUAUCCAACUAUAAACACCGUGAUCGAACGGGUCACUAAUGAGCUGAAACAAAUCUUAAAGAAAGACUUCAACAAGAAAAUGAUUGAAAGUACAGCGUUUAAGAGUUUUGAGCUCUGGUGGGAUGAACAGAGUCGAAAGGCUAGAUUACCAACUAAACCUAAAGAGGAAACUGGUCAGCAACCCUUACAGGAUAUAUCAAACAAAAAAGAAGAGACUGUGGACUCUAUAAAAUCUAUAAUAGAAUCUCGCGAGCUAGGUCUGGAAUUGGGCGGUUACACUAUGGGUAUAGGCCUGGGGUUGCGCGCUGCAAUACCAAAAAUGCCUAGUUUUCGUCGCAAGCGCAAGAUACCAUCGCCUGUGGUUAUAGACGAAGACUCGUCGAAGAGGCUCAGUGAUCAGGAGGAAAUGGUACAAAACUCUGAUGAAGAGAAAGAAGUGCCGUCGGCGAGUCCUCGUGCGAGAAAUACUGGCUCGUAUUUAUCGCGGGAACGACGACGCCAGUCUACUAGCUCUUCCAGGUCGUCGUCAUCAUCAUCAAGUCGGUCCUCAUCAACAGAUUCUGGUUCAGAAAGAGAACCUAAGGUGACCGCGCCACGGAUAUACUCCGAUACGGAUGACGAUUCUGAGCUGGAGGAGGCAGAGUUGAAAGUGGUAUCGAACAAGGAGCGAUUGCGUCGCGUAUACUCAUCGUCGGAUAGUGAAGCGGAACAGAGUCGACGGGAGAAGACUCCCAUACCUGCAGUGGAGGUUCACGAGGACCGGCUCGGGUCACCCAUCCUGUCCCCGGAGCCCACGGACCUGUUGCUGGACAGGGUAUACUCGGACUCGGAAGAGGAGCGCGAGUACCAGGAGAGAAGAAGGCGGAACACGGAAUACAUGGAGCAGAUCGAACGGGAAUUCCUCGAAGAGCAACGAAGAAAAAUGGAGGCGGACACGCGCCCGCAACCGGCGAAACCACCCGACGAAAGCCCGCCAGAAGCAAAGGUUAACGAGAUCCGAAGUCCAGUCAAGAAUCACGUUAAAUCUCCAGAGAGACGGGAUAGCAAGCCCGAAAUGGAAGAGGGCGAGAUCAGUUCAGAAGAGGAGCCAGCGAGAAGGAAGAAGGACAGGACGAAGAAGAAGGAGAAGCGACAGAGGGUUGUUUCACUUUCAGUCAGUGAACACGAAAACAGCAAUAACGAAACCAGUGUUAGUGUUAAUGGAGUUAAAGAGGCGAGCGGUACACAUUCAGAAACGUGGUCGCCUCAAUCUCAGGCGUCGCAAGCGUCUCAGGCGUCGCAGGUCGCGUUAGACCACUCCUACUGUCGACCGCCGCCCGAGACACAAAACAACGCCCAAAGGAGACCCUCCAAUCAUUUACAUCACGACCAUGGUUACACGUGGAUGGCGGAACCCGAGAGUGAACCACAGAUCGAAGAAGAGAAACCUAAGAAAGAAACGAAGAGGCCGUACAAGAGAAAACACGAGACGAAAAAACUGGCUGAAAUACAAAAUAAAUUGUACGAAAGCCAUGAAGACUACGAAUCGCUCAUGUACCCGAGCGUUGCGUUCAAACAGCGGGAUAUAAUGGCAGAAAUGCACGUUAUGUAUGAAUUCCUUACUAGAGGUAUAGACAGGGAGGACGUAGAAUACUUGAGGAAGGCGUACGAAUCGUUAUUAGCUGAAGACGCGCAAGGAUAUUGGUUAAACGAUACCCAUUGGGUCGAUCAUCCACCAACAGAUGUAUGCUAUAGUCCGCCCAAGAAGAAAUCUAAGCGGCACAACAAUAUCUAUGAAGAUUUGCAGGGUCAUUCGAGCGGGUCCGCUCGCACAGAGGGCUAUUACAAGAUGGACGCCCGACUGAAGGCCAAGUACAAGUACCACCAUGGUCGCGCCGCCACACACGACGACAAGAAGGCCUCCAAGAUGCAGCUACUGUCCAGGGAAGCGAGAUCCAACCAGAGAAGACUGCUCACGGCAUUUGGAACGGAUACAGACUCAGAUUUGCUCAAAUUCAACCAGUUGAAGUUCAGAAAGAAGCAACUGAAGUUCGCCAAGUCCGGUAUCCACGACUGGGGUCUCUUCGCUCAGGAGCCUAUAGCGGCUGAUGAGAUGGUGAUAGAGUACGUAGGUCAGAUGAUCCGUCCGAUAGUGGCGGACGUACGCGAGGCUCACUACGAGGCCACCGGUAUAGGGAGCUCGUACCUGUUCCGUAUAGACCUGGACACCAUCAUAGACGCCACUAAGUGCGGCAACCUGGCGCGAUUCAUCAAUCACAGUUGCAACCCAAAUUGCUACGCGAAGAUUAUAACGAUAGAAUCGCAAAAGAAGAUCGUUAUAUACUCGAAACAACCGAUCGGCGUCGACGAAGAAAUCACGUACGACUACAAGUUCCCGCUGGAAGACGAGAAGAUUCCGUGUCUGUGCGGGGCGCCGCAAUGUCGUGGAUUCCUCAACUGAUACCAGAGAAUUUUCACAUAUAAUGGAAACAAAAAUCUACCAUUCACAUUUACAAAGCAACAGCCAGAUGUCUUCUUCUGUUUUGUAUCAUCGAAUCAUGUUACCUCUCGCACAACGUUCUCGAGAACCGUGUAGUCUGUAUUCGGACUGCCUGUAGUUAUUAGCGAUAGUUUCCGAUAAGAAUUUGUAAAUAUUUUACCCAAGGGACAUCGUUUUAUUCGCGAGUUAUAAAUAAAUUAGCGGGUAGCUUAUUUCAGAAUAAUAUUAGUCUGACUCUACCUCAUAUAACAUCGGGAGUUGAUAAAUGAUGUCCGACGGUGUAUCCAGAGCUUCCGAGUUAUGUUAAAAGUUGGUUUGGAUCGUCGUUAGUCUUCAUUUGUAGACUACAAUUUUGGAAUCGCUGCAGUUUCAAAACUACCGUCUCGAUUUGAAAUUGUUUUAUAUG